AAAGUAGACAAAGAAAUCAUAUUACUGGAACUUAGAAAGAUGGCAGCAGACAGAUUGCCUCUUCUUUCGAACAACAUCUGUAGUGAUAUAUGUGAUAGUGAAUUUGAAAACAAACGGUUUACUCAUACAUCACUUCUGGAUCGAGAGGAAAAUUUGAGUUGCACUGAAUCUGAGGAUUCACAGAAUUCUCUACAGGAUGACGAACACAGUGACGUUCAAGUUUUACCGUUACAGCCGGACAAAAAGUACCAUUUAUUUAUAUCUUACAGUUCAGAGGAUCGAGAUGAUGCAAACGAAAUCUGUGGGUGUAUGGAGCAGAGGUUUCAAAUGAAAUGUAUGAACUUUGAACGGGAUUUCGUGCCUGGGAAAAAUAUUGACGACAACAUUGCAGACAAUAUGCGUAAAAGUGUCAAAGUUCUUAUAAUUUUGAGUCCAAACUAUUUACAGAGUCACUGGUGCGUGACUGAAGCACGUGAAGCAGCUCAAUUGUCCUUCACGGGUCCCGAUGUUAAUGUGAUUCCGUUACUUCUUCGGCCUUUGGCAGAAGAUUUAAAUGUUCCUCCCUUUUUGAAGUCACUCGUGUACAUUGACGCACAGAGAGAGUUUGAUGUACCUGCAAAAAUAUACGAGGCUUAUCUAAAUCCAGGUUCGAGUGAUCCUUUACAUAAAAAAAGGAAUGGUGAGUCCCGAAACACAUAUAAUGGAACUUUUCUUUGUCAGAAGUUUGCCUCAAAAGCAAAAUUUUUGGACCAUGGCAACUCUUAUAGAUUUUAUCCACUGGAAGAUCACGAAAAAGAGAAAAUCGCUUCUCUUGAUCUCAGUACUAUAGAGAGUGCUAACCAUUUCAACGUCAUUAUAGAUGAGUUGAAUUCAAGAACACUUUUCCGGAAUUACCCUUCGUUUGCUUCCAAAUGGCGCUUUCUUCUUGUAUUUGCAAUGAUUCUGUUAACUGUAAUCAUUUUUGCUGGUUUUGGAAUCAUCCUCCGAGAGGGUCCAUUUUUCGCUAUUCUAGGUUUGGCUGCAUCCAUUCUUCUGAUUUGCCCAUGUUCUUUGUGUUCCAUGUACUUGUGUAGGAAAGAUAAUAAACAGUUACAGAAAGUUAUUGAUACAGGUGCUCUGCCAAAGCAAUUUAAACCAGGAAAAUAUACUGGUAACAGUAAGGACUCGGGUAACUGGAAGGACAAAACAUUGUCAUCAUCGGUUCACACCAUCGUGUUUCGUUUGAAUGUGAAGUUCUACCAGAAAAGUAAAUGUUUGAUCUUCUAUGAUGACAGCAUCGUCUCCAAACCCACUCUGAACAUUUUUAAGUAUGAUACCAAUGAAUGCAGAAAUUAUGUUUGUGUGAUGCUGAAGAAAAAGAGACCUAGAAUGAAUGAAAACGAUAUAAAGGAAACUGCCGAUUACUUGAUUGAACGGCAGUUGGAGUAUCUUCAACAGAGAAAUGGCUUAAUAAAGUGGACUUCUUUACCGGAGAGUGCCAGUAAACGUCAUAGGACCAGGAACGACAGAGCUUGUCUGUGUGAAAUGGUGGAGGAUAGCAUCAACAAAGACAAUGGGGGGACUUUUAGCAAUAAAGGGGUUAUUGAGGUCUAA